GUGAGCGCCUAGGAGAGAGGGGUUAGAGUAGGACCAGGGAGGGAGGGAAGCGGGAGGUUGGCAGGAGUCUUUGAGUUGGGACCUCAUGGUAUUGGACUUGGGUUCGGACUUGGGAGGGUGAGAGUAACGGCUGGAGGGCUGGGGUUGCCCUGAAGCGGGUUGCCCUGUCCCGUCUGUCUUGUUGGUGUUACUGUUGGUGUCAGAAGGGAGCAGCCGCACCUGGCUUGACGAGCCCCAUGCGUACGGUAACCGACGUGUAACGGAGAAAGGGGACUUACAGCACCCCCUAUGUAGCAGUUGUGCUGCUCGAAUGUGCCUGGUAUGCUGGAGUUUGUGGCGGAGGGGUAUUUGAGGGGUAAGCCGCAGAGCACGUUGGGGCCACAAGUUGGGUUCGUACCCUCCGGCGACGGUACGGUGACGUUACGGCGCUUAGCACUCCAGCACUGGCAAGUAUGUAAGCCUCCGGCGACGGCCCGCGUUGCGAUGUGCGGUUGAUCGGUGCGGAUCAUCCUGACUUUCCCCGCGAGGGAAGUCAUCCCAUGUGGACGUGUGGCUAUCUUGGUCCAGGGGCAGGGGGGAGGCAACGAUAGCAGCGUUGGGAUCGGCGGCGGGGGGGGGGGGAGGAGUUGGCGCGCGGGUGUGUAUGUGUGGGUUGGGUGUUGCUGGUUGGGGUACGCUGCAGGCAUGUGGGAUGUGGCGUGGGCUGGAGAGGCGUGAACGUGGGUUGGAUUCGCAGGGCUGGCGCUGCUGCUGCCACUAGUGGGUUCGUGAAGGGCCGUAUGUGCGUUGCUUUUUGCACGACGGCCGCAUUGCGCGAGGCUUUGGAGUGCCUUGUUGUGUUCGACUGUUUGAGCAUCGAGCCCUUGUCGCUUGUUAAUCCAUUAUGUUGUUCUGUAGCAGCUGCUGCUGUUGCUACGGCAGCUGCUGCUGCUGAUAUGGCGGGUCUGCUGGCGCUGAUGAGGUCUCCGGCCGCUGCGUGUCUUCAGGUCCGAGGGUAUCUUUGGGUUUGCCUGCCACCGUACCGAACUGCUAUCUCGCGGUCUGGAGCAACGUGUCAUUCUUUUGACGCCGUACUGUGCUCCUACAAGGAACGGCGGGUGACAUGCAGCUGCGUGCGUGUUGGGGUUUGCGUUGACAUGCACAUGCUGUUUGGGUGUGGGAAUACAUGCGUGUCUCCUCUCUGCGUGGAAGAGCAUGCGGUGCUGCUCCCUCUGCUCGCCGCUGUCCACAAGCAGAACGUUUUUAAGUCUUCCCAACAGCUGGUGUGAGGCUCCUGAUUGGAUCCCAAAUCUCGCAUGCAUGGCAUACAUACUGGUAUUGCAUGGCAUACCGGGACUGCAUGGCAUACACCCGUGGUGUCAGCGCGCGGUGGCGGGAGGCUAUGCCUGGAGGCGGGAGGUGAGGGCUGUGUGCUACCGAGUUUUGCAAUGUUGCACCGCUGUCUCUGGAACAAUUGCAUGCAAGUUAGGGAGCGGUUAGGGAAAGGCGGUUAGGCGGGCGGUUGGGGAAUGGUGGAUGCAUUGCUACGGCGGUGAGGGCGUGGAGGGGGGCCUGUCGCGGCCGGCCUGCCUGCUGGCGGAGCCUGUUGGGGGUUGUUUUAAGGUGGGAUGUUGCGCGACGGUGGGGCGUAACGGGGCGGUUUGGUGUGGCGUGCUGGGUGCAGCAACCCGUGCUACCCGCCGUUGGGGAUUAUGCGGCUCACGCGCUCACUAUGCUAUGUUAGACUGCAAGUUUGCGUUUCUGGAGCUACUACAAUUAAGCCGAUCGACGGGUCCGUGGGUCUCAACUCUCAUGCAUCACGCAAUCAAGGGCUCCAGCUCCAGCUUUUACCACCCUUAAGGCAUCGCAUGCUUGCAGCAACACAAGUUGAAUCGUUGUACUGCCGUGUGCGUCAUUGGCCCGUUCAGUGUAAGUGACAUAAAGAGCCAUUACGUACUGUUAAAUGGAUUGUGUUGGCA